AUUUAAAUGCUCAUUUAUUAUUCGCAAUUCGAUAGUUGCACGUCAACAGAGCUGGCUGAGCUGAUUGAAGCCUGACUUUUCUGACUGAAAUCCCAUCAAAGGCCCGUGUUAUUUCCAGUCGAUAGUUCUCGUGAGCCGAGUAGACAAGGUGUUGUCCUCCUGAUCGAGAGCUGCUGACGUCGUCGUGAGUUUCCCGUGCCUUAUUUACCAAGCGUGUUUUAUACUCUCUUCAGCGUUUUCCCAGUAUCUUUAACAAGGGAGUCAACUGCCGGUGGUUGUAAAGCGUUGAUCGCGGCCUUGAUUUUUCCGUCGAUAACUUUGUAGAGUUUUGUCUCACAUCCAACUCAUCAAUAUGCCUGCCGAAGUCAAGAAAGCCGGAGGAAUGGCCUUUGAGCUGGUCCUGGAUGACAACAAGAAGGCGGACGUCUCAAAGCGGCCAACAUCGCCUCCAAAGAGCAAGAGCACCACAUCGUUAGAUGAGAUCAAUGCAAAGCUUCAGGAAGCAGAGAGGAGAAGAAGGUCCGUCGAGACCCAGAUGCUGGAGAAGCUGGCGGAGGAGAACGCCCGCAUCCUGGAGGCCCAGGCCAAGGUGGCUGAGAACAACAACAAUUUCAAGAUGGUGGCCAAGAAGCACUAUGUGGAGAAGAUGUCCAAGGUGGAAACCAACCUACAAACGAAGCAAGAAGCAUUCAACCUUAAAUACAAAGAUGUGAAUAACCAUAUCAAGGAGGUGCAGGAGCGCAAGAAGAAGGAGAUUAGUGAGGGAGGUGAUGCCGAAGAGAAGCAGUAAGAGGUCUAGCGCCCUCUAUCAUGGCAUCGGAAAGAGAGAGAUCUAACAAUCAUCGAGAAAAGCAGAGAAAUUGGAUUAAAAAAGGAAAGAAAAUGUAUCUGCUGUAAUUUAGUGUAAAUGCUGAUUCUAUAUGCGAUGUGUUAAAGGGUUGUCGUUAUUUUCUUGGUCAGAAUUUUGAAAAGAGUUGUUCCUGCCUUAUUCAUUUGUAUAAAAGUAUUCACCCAUCGACUUGUGGGACUGUUCAUUGACAAACUUGUCGUUUUUGUU